UUGCUUUUUCUUCUUGCCGCAACUAAUUAUCUUCUCGUCAUUUCCACUGAAAAAGCAAGUGUACUUUUGACUUACUAACUAACAUGGAACCUGCAGUGUUUUGGCACACCUGCUUAGCAAUUUUUAUCUCCUUUUCUGGUUUCAUGGUGUCAUGUCAUCUAACAGACCAAGUUUCAUUGUCGAGCAAUUUCUUGUUUGGAACGGCCUCUUCAUCUUACCAGUAUGAAGGAGCUUUCCUCAGUGAUGGGAAAGGCCUCAGCAACUGGGACUUUUUUACCCAUGAAGCUGGUCAUGUUAAGGAUGGAAGCAAUGGAGAUGUUGCUGUUGAUCACUACCAUCGUUAUUUGGAGGCAGCUAUUACACCCAUACCCACUGCGUUUAAGAAAUUUAUGUUUAAGAACGAUGCACUUGGAAAAUAGAGAAUUGAGAAAUAGGUAUAUAU